CCGAAGCGAGGCAGCUAUAAUCAACGCAGGGCUGUUUGACCUGAAGCUUUUUUCGUCUGGCUCGAAGAACGGACCUGUCUGCCGAAACGGGCCCAUGUCUGAAAACCCAGACAGACGCUCUCAUUUUCACAGAAAGGAUACUACAAGCGAGUACGUCGCCCGCGACAGAGCAGCAAGAUGGAGUGUGAGUGGAAGCCAGACGAGCAGGGGCUUCAGCAAAUACUACAGCUGCUGAAGGAGUCUCAGUCACCAGAUACGUCCACGCAGAGAUCCGUCCAGCAAAGACUCGAGCAGCUGAACCAGUACCCGGACUUUAACAACUAUUUGAUAUUUGUUUUGACCAAAUUAAAAUCUGAAGACGAACCGACCCGUUCCCUGAGCGGACUGAUUCUGAAGAACAACGUAAAGGCUCACUACCAGAACUUCCCAAACGGAGUGUCUGAUUUUAUCAAAAGCGAAUGCCUCCAAAACAUCGGAGACUCCUCUCCCCUCAUUCGUGCCACAGUGGGAAUCCUCAUCACCACCAUCGCCUCCAAAGGAGAGCUGCAAAACUGGCCUGAGCUUCUGCCCAAACUCUGUCUGCUGCUGGAUUCUGAAGACUACAACACAUGUGAGGGAGCGUUCGGGGCGCUGCAGAAGAUCUGUGAGGACUCCGCCGAGAUCCUGGACAGCGACAUGCUGGAUCGUCCUCUUAACGUCAUGAUCCCCAAAUUCUUGCAGUUUUUCAAGCACAACAGCCCAAAAAUUAGGUCUCAUGCCAUCGCCUGUGUCAAUCAGUUCAUAGUCAACAGGACCCAGGCCCUAAUGCUCCACAUUGACCCGUUCAUCGAGAACCUGUUUGCACUGGCGACUGAUGAGGAGCCCGAAGUGAGGAAGAAUGUUUGCAGGGCCCUCGUCAUGCUGCUGGAGGUUCGCCUGGAUCGUCUUCUGCCUCACAUGCACAACAUCAUAGAGUACAUGCUCCUGAGGACCCAAGACCCAGACGAGAAUGUCGCCUUGGAGGCCUGUGAGUUCUGGCUUACACUGGCUGAGCAGCCGGUGUGUAAAGAAGUGCUGUGCGGUCACCUCUCUCAGCUCAUUCCUGUACUCGUCAACGGGAUGAAGUACUCAGAGAUCGACAUUAUCUUGCUCAAGGGGGACAUCGAGGAAGACGAGGCCGUACCAGACAACGAGCAGGACAUCAGACCACGCUUCCACCGCUCCCGCACGGUCGCCCAGCAGCACGAGGGCGACGGGAUUGGGGAAGACGACGACGACGACGACGACGAUGAUGAUGAAAUGGACGACGACGAUACGAUUUCUGAUUGGAACCUGCGAAAGUGCUCCGCAGCGGCGCUGGACGUGUUGGCCAACGUGUUCAGGGACGACCUGCUGCUGCACAUCCUCCCACUGCUCAAAGAGCUGCUUUUCCACCCUGACUGGAUUGUAAAGGAGUCCGGCAUCCUGGUGCUGGGGGCUAUAGCUGAAGGUUGCAUGCAAGGCAUGAUCCCCUACCUGCCUGAGCUCAUCCCGCACCUCGUCCAGUGCUUGUCUGACAAAAAGGCACUGGUGCGAUCCAUCACCUGCUGGACACUGAGUCGCUAUGCGCACUGGGUGGUCAACCAGCCCCCGGAUAUUUACCUGAAGCCUCUAAUGACUGAGCUACUGAAGCGCAUACUGGAUAGCAACAAACGUGUGCAGGAGGCCGCUUGCAGUGCCUUUGCCACGUUGGAGGAGGAGGCUUGCACAGAGCUGGUUCCCUACCUGGCGUUCAUCUUGGACACGCUGGUAUUUGCUUUCAGCAAGUACCAGCACAAAAAUCUGCUCAUUCUCUACGACGCCAUCGGGACGCUCGCAGAUUCUGUGGGACACCACCUAAAUAAACCGGAAUACAUCCAGAUGUUGAUGCCACCACUGAUACAGAAAUGGAACCAGCUGAAAGAUGAAGACAAAGAUCUUUUUCCUUUGUUAGAAUGUUUAUCCUCAGUAGCCACAGCCCUUCAAAGCGGCUUCCUGCCCUAUUGUGAGCCUGUUUACCAGCGAUGCGUCAAUCUGGUCCAGAAGACACUCGCUCAGGCUAUGCUUCAUCAGUCACAACCUGACCAGUAUGAAUCGCCGGACAAAGACUUCAUGAUUGUGGCUCUAGAUCUACUGAGCGGACUGGCCGAGGGCCUGGGUGGCACCAUCGAGCAGCUGGUCGCUCGUAGCAACAUCCUCACUCUUAUGUAUCAGUGCAUGCAGGACAAAAUGCCUGAGGUGCGUCAGAGCUCUUUCGCUCUGCUUGGGGAUCUCACCAAGGCUUGCUUCCAGCACGUAAAACCCUGCAUCGCUGAUUUUAUGCCCAUACUGGGUACAAAUUUGAACCCAGAGUUAAUAUCUGUGUGCAACAAUGCAACCUGGGCAAUCGGAGAGAUAUCUAUACAAAUGGGGCCCGAAAUGCAGCCUUACAUUGCCAUGGUGCUGCACCAGCUGGUGGAGAUCAUUAACAGACCCAAUACUCCAAAGACUCUACUGGAAAACACAGCAAUAACAAUUGGUCGUCUUGGUUACGUUUGUCCUCAAGAGGUGGCACCCAUGCUACAGCAGUUUAUAAGACCCUGGUGCACCUCUCUGCGAAAUAUAAGAGACAAUGAGGAGAAAGACUCGGCAUUCAGAGGAAUUUGCACCAUGAUCAGUGUAAAUCCUGGAGGCGUGGUGCAGGACUUUAUAUUCUUCUGCGACGCAGUGGCCUCCUGGGUAAAUCCAAAGGACGAUCUCAGAGAAAUGUUCUACAAGAUCCUUCACGGGUUCAAGAACCAGGUGGGCGAAGAGAACUGGAGGCGCUUCUCUGAUCAGUUCCCGCUUCCCUUGAAGGAACGACUGGCAACCUUUUAUGGGGUGUAAAGGCUUCCACAGCACUGUGCCUCAUCGCGGGGUCAUUCACCAUGGGAGACGAGACAGGGAACCAUCCCAGGGAACGUGUUACCCUCUACAGGGGGGGAAAAGGGGGGUCGACCCCUCCCUGACCUGGAGGAAGGGGUGGGAGGGAGGUGGUAGUAGCUCCAGUUCUCGGUGCCCUUAAGCGCAAGCUGGGGAUGGGGAGAGACUGGCAGUUCAACCUUAUCAUGGGAGGAUCAUUCAUUUAAUCAAUCUCAAUCACAAAUAAUAGAAAUGAUCACCUUUUUCGUCUUAUGUUUUUUUCUCCGCCCCAUUUGUUCUGCAGACAUCUUGCUUUCAGGACUACAAAAGGGUAAUUUUAGGGGGGGGGGGGGACAAUGAAUCUUUAAGGUAUUUGUUGAGGACAGAUUCUGAGAUUAAUGAAAACAAUUUUUGAGAUACUUUAUAUUAAAGCAGCUAAUGCUAGCAGAGCGUUUUGAAAUCGGGGUGGAAGGGGGGGGUUGUACUUUCAGAAUGCUGCAUAUCAUCCAAGGUAAAUAAGUAAUGACUUGUAGGUAACCUAUUUUUUCAACACUUUACGCAGGGCAGAGGCUCUUGGCUUAAAAUCACCAGGGAGCACAAUUCAAGAGCAGCUUUUCUUGGAUUAGGUAGCAUGCUUAUAAUAUUGUGGAAAGCUGUCGAACAUUAGUGAUGUGUGUUGACGGCCGUCGUUGCCAUUCGAUAAGGUUCUUCUUUGAUCGUGUAAUCUAUAUUUCAAGUACUUUCUGUUUCCUCUGCCAGAGAAUUACAGCGGCCGUCUGUAACGUAGCAUGACGGGUUUUUACACGCUGGAUUUAGGUUGUGUUAAACCUUGACUGUGAUGUGACAUUGGAGUGAGUCUCUUUGUUUUGUUAUGUGGCAAGAAUGUGACUUUUUUUUUUUUAAGAGAGAGAGAGAGUAUAUGGAAUCUUUAAGAUGCCUAAAUUCUUUUUUUUUUAUUAUUAUUAUUAUUGUCUGAAAUUUGUGAAGGAAAACUGAAGUAGAGCAUGCAGGUUAUCAACCUGUGUCUCUCUUCUUUUUUUUUUACCUCAGUGAUACAAAAACACAUCUGAGUUUUGUGGCUUUUGCAAUCAGAAUCACACACACACACUUCAUCAGAUCAGUGUUGAAUAUGUUGAUUUCUCAGUGUAUUGAAAUUCUGUUGCUGGUUGUUUCGCUUCCUGUGCUUGAGAAAAAAAAAAAAAAAGGAGAAAAAAAAGCAUGACCUUGAGGGUGGCUGUGUUAACUGUGUCGGGUGGCUGUCACUGUGGGGUACUUGGAUGCUUUUCAUCUCUUGCAUGUUGGUGGCCCCUCGCGCGAAAACAUUUGGUGGGAAGAGGGUUCUGCGGGAGGGAGGGGAGCUUCAAUUCGAUGUUUUAAGAAGUACAUAGUGAACGAUGUAUGUAUUGCAACACUGGGACGUCUAUUAACCUUUGCGUAUCGCAUACCGGAGCGCUCGCCCUGACCUUCCCCAUACCCCGUAAACUGGAUGUAGUUUUAAAAUACUGUGAAGAAUGUUUAAUGUGUCUAUACUGUUAUAUGUAUAUUUUUUUUAAGUGUCAAACUGUUAAUAGGUUACAGCCUGAAUGUAUUCCAUGAUGAGUUGGAGAGAUAGUUUUGUUUUUAUUAAUUUGUUCUUUUUUUUACACCCAGCCAGGCGUUUUUUUUUUUUCCUCUGCUGGCCAGAGUAAUAACUGCAGUAUUUAAUUCUUUGUAAUGCACAUAUAAAACAAAAAAAUAUACUAAAAAGUACUUGAAAUAAUGUAGCCAAACCCCUACUGAGGAUUAAUUAUUGCUGCUGAAAGGUUUUCACCUAAUGCAAUGAGCAUCUUGAUGCAGUUGUACUGCUAAUGUAGCUUUAUACUUAUAGGGAUAUAACCAGUUCCUUUCAAAAGUUUUCAUACCCCUUUAAAAACGUUUUGCAUUUUGACACACUACAGCCACAAAUUGUGACUCAACUAACAGUAGUAACUACCGUAAUAGUAAAGUGCAAGAAAAAAGAUGCAAAGUUUAUGAACCGUGUAAAAUAAAAUAAAAUAAAAUAAAAUUCUAAAGUGUGGCAUGCAUUUGGAUUCAGCCUCCAGCCUUACACACUUUGACCCAUUUUCUUCUACAAAUUGGCUCAAACUCGCUCAGGCUGAAUGGAGAACUUCAUCUUUGAACAGGUAGUUGUUUUGUUUUUGUUUUUUGCAAAAAUUCCUAAUUGGAUUUGGCUCUGGACGUUGAACGGUCCAUUCUGACACAAGAACAUGCUUUCGGACUGAUCCAUUCGAUAGCGGCCGUGGCUGCAUGUUUAGCUUGUCCUCAAAAGGUUCAGUUCCCAGAUAUCUCCAGUUUAGUUUUGCCUAAUCAUUAUUUACUCUGAAGAUAUUUAAUUUGCACUUGUCAAAUCUAAAAAAACAAAACAAAAAAACACGUUUAACGUAUCUCAAAUUGUGUCAUCCAAGAUAAAUUUGAUUAGAAUUGCGACUAGUCAGAACUACUUUAUUGCUAGUUAUGAUUUAACUGUUCAUAUCUGAAAUAUGUCAUUUAUAAUAGUUAUAAUGCAAUUAGUUAUAUCUUAAAUGGGUAUUUUGUCAAGUCAAAAUAUAAUUAGAAACCUCUAUUUACUAAUGCAUCUGCUCAUAAGGCAACAUCAGAUAUCUGGCGUGCCAUGCUGCUUUAUGUUUACCCCGUAACGUCUCACUAAAGUCUAUUGAAAUUUGUGUCAAAAAAGCUGAGCACUUUUGAAGGGGACUGCAACUGGAUCCUUGUACGCAUCAUUCGAUGUUAAAAUUUACAGGAAGUAAUAAAUGCAUCAUGGAAUACAGAGGCAAAUACUUACGUGUGCAUGUGUACGUUCCCCCAUCAUUCUUUUUGUUCAGAAUGUGUUUUUUUUUUUUUUUCGUCUGGCACAUUCCAGCUGUUUGGCACACAGAGAUGUGGCGUGAUCACAGCUAGAUGGGGUGUGUUCAGUCCUCGUAUUCUUCCACUGAAAGAUUGUACGUCUAAGAAAACCAAAACAAAAAACCCCCCACACACACACACACACACAAACACGAACGCCCGUUGUUACUGUGCUGUCCUUCUGACUUGACCGCUGCUAAACAUUGUAGUUGUAUAUCACCACUUGAAUAUGUCUUUUCUAAGUGUAAACCUCAGGUUGCUUUUGUUCCAGUGUUUUUUUUUUUUUUUUGUUUGUUUUUUUGUUUCGUUUGUUUAUAAUUUCCUUAACGUGUACACCUUUUAUGCAGCCUGCCCCCGCCCCCGUAAACGUCCUGAAGAAUAGUUAAAAAGCUUGAUUUUCAUGCAAGAAACGGAUAAACGUGGAUGUUGGAUGUUAGCUGAUGUGUUACUUGCAGCACUGUGAGCUAUCAAAGCUGGGGGUAAAAAAAAAACAUUAUUUCAGCAACAAUAACUUGCACAUAUUUCAUCUACUUUUUUGCCUGAAGUGAUUGUGAUUGAACUCAAGCGUACAGUGUAAUCUCUACACAUUGCCAUAGGAGCAAACAUUUGGGGAUUUUGUUGAUUUGCAAUAGAUAUUUAGCAUAAUUGUAUUAAAACAAAACCAGGGAGUUGGAAACUAUAAAGAGGAAAAAAAAAAAGUUUGCAAGUACAAGUUUGACUUUCUACAAAGCUUUAUUAAACAACCGCAUUUUAUAAAGUACCAACCGGUAGUUAGCGACGACUGUGCAAAGAGCUCCUGUAUUCUGUAACUCGAUUAGCCUUUAAACUUCAAUAGUUAAUCUGCCUUCACAUUUUUUGCUAUGAAAAGCAAAAACAUCAUUUUGAUAGACUUGGUUUCAUUUUUUUUUUUUUUUUUUAAAUAAGCUGCUGAAUUAAGAAAACAAAUGUAAUACUUUUGGGGCCACCAAAUAUUUUGGAUCAUGCAAAGACUAUAUUGUACUGUAGUAAUUUUGUAAUAUUUGUAAAAUGAUGUAGUGGGCGUGAAUGAUUACCAUUGCUUGAAUCUACAUUGUUCCAAUAAAUUGUUUACAUUA